AUGGAAAAUUGUAUUUUUAUAGAUAUUGGAAGAAAUGGCUUUCAUCAUUCAUAUGCUGUUGUUUUUUCAAUCGUCGUACAAGACAUACGACUAAUAAACAAACGAGAAAAUAAUUCCAUCAAACGGCAUUAUUUGCUCAAGAACAGUUACAACUUUAUGGUCGAUUCGGUUCUAUUUCCUUUUUUUUGUACAGUGAUUUUUUGGUAUGGGACACAACAAUAA